AUGUCGUCUACGAGUCAUUUGACCGUGGUUCCGACGACUAGCGAGACAAAAAUCGAUAAACAUCAAAAUAGUUAUAAUUUUCACAAUACACAUUGUCGUGGAUCAUCUAAUUUGCUGCAUCUAUCAUCGUCUCCAACGAAAAAUUCCAAAUAUCUUUAUUAUGUGAAUGUUGAACCUACCCGGAAACAAUCAACAACAACGACAGCAACAACAACAACAGUAGUAACAACAACAACAACACCAUUAAAUGCUCGUCGGAAAUUAAGUGCUAUCUCAUUACCGGUUCCUUGGUAUAAACGAACACGUUCACCUAGUGACGAAAAACUUCCACAAAAGUCUAAUAAAAUGUCUCGAGAUCGCUUAUUACCUCUCGAUAAAUUAUUUAAUAAUGGUACACAUACAGCAACAACAACCACAACAACAGAUGAAGAUCAAGCAUCACCAAUAAAUGAUUUUACUCCACUUGAUGAAUCUAUAAAACUUAAUGAGAAAAAUAUGCAACAAAUAAAAGAAAAUGGUUAUUUAAAUAAUUCAUCAACUUUAAUGACUAGACUGCAAUACACAACAAAAGGUACCAAAGCCCUUCGUUUGUUGGGCGAUGGUAGCCGUAAACAUACUGAUGCUACAAGAGAAAAUCAAAAAUUUAAUGCAAAUGAAUCAGUUAAAACGAAAAAUGCCAUAAAUAAAAAUGCACAACGUCGUCUUCUAUUAAAAAAUGGCGAAGUUAAUAUAUCAAGAUUCAAUAUUGAAAAACGUCGUCGUCAAUAUUUGGCAGAUAUUUUUACAACAUUAAUUGAUUUAAAAUGGCGUUAUACAUUAUGUUUAUUUACUCUCGGUUUUUGUUUAAGUUGGUUGGCAUUUGCUUUGAUAUGGUAUUUAUUAAUGUUUUCAUAUGGAGAUUUUCAUCCGGAUAAUUAUAACUCAGCGAAUUAUUCUGUAUGUAUUGCUGGUGUACAUUCAUUUGCUGGUGCAAUACUUUUUUCAAUUGAAACACAACAAACAAUUGGUUAUGGUACACGUGUUGUUAAAGAAACCUGUUAUUUAGCUAUUAUUGUUAUAAUGUUACAGUCAAGCAUAGGUGUAUUAUUACAAUCAUUUAUGGUUGGUGUUGUGUUUGCAAAAAUUUCUCGACCAAAAAAACGUACAGAAACUUUAAUUUGGUCACGUGAAGCAGUUAUAUGUUUACGUGAUGGACAAAUGACAUUACAAUGUCGUGUUGGUGACAUGCGUAAAUCACAUAUUGUCGAAGCACAUGUACGAAUGUAUUUAAUAAAAAAACGUGUUACUUUAGAAGGAGAAAUUUUACCAUUACAUACAUAUGAUAUGAAUGUUGGGUUUGAUAAAGGUGCUGAUCGUUUAUUUUUAAUUUGGCCAUUAGUUGUCGAACAUAUUAUUGAUGAACAAUCACCAUUAUAUGAUAUAAGUCGAGCUGAUUUAAUUCAACAACGUUUUGAAUUAGUUGUUAUACUUGAAGGUAUUAUUGAAUCAACAGGUAUGACAACCCAAGCACGAACAUCAUAUUUACCAUCAGAAAUCUUAUGGGGUUAUCGUUUUGAACGUUUAAUAUCAUUUCAACGUGAUGAUGGUUUAUAUCGUAUAGAUUAUUCACGUUUUAAUGUACAUUAUCCUGUUGAUAUAAUAACAUGUAGUGCUAAAGAAUUAAAAGAAUUACAUGAAUUAGAAAAAUGGCAUGAAAAUAAUCAAAAUAAUAAUAAUAAUAAUGUAAAUGAAAAUGAAAAUGAUAACGAUAAUGACACUGAUUUUUGUACACCAGAUAAAUCAACAAUAACAAAACCAUCACCAUCACCAUUUAGUUGGCAUGAAAAGAAGGAGAGCACAUUGUAA